AUGUCAGUGCUGCUUCUAAACAUCUUCCUCAGCGCCGUAGCCCUUAACCUAGCAGCCAUGGCUGCCGGAGAAGAUGGGUUCGUCUUCUCGGGCUUCAAGGGAGCCAACAUUACCGUGGACGGCGUCGCCACGGUGACCCGGAACGGCCUUGUCGAUCUGACCACUGGCCAGGAGACUCUCAAAGGCCAUGCAUUCUACCCUGCUCCGCUACGGUUCCACGAAUCCUCCAAUGGCACGGCGGUCAAAUCCUUCUCCGUCUCAUUCGUGUUCGCCAUCUACCCCAACUACCGGCCCAGCCAGGGCAUGGCCUUCUUCAUCGCCAAGAGCACCGACUUCUCCUCCGCUCUCCCCACGCAGUGGUUCGGCGUCUUCAACAGCGCCACCCAGGGCAACGCCAGCAACCACGUCUUCGCCGUCGAGCUGGACACCGUCAACAACAGGGACCUGCACGACAUCGACGCCAACCACGUCGGGAUUAACGUCAACAGCGUCGUCUCCAACAAGUCCACCACCGCCGGCUUCUACCACGACGACACCGGCUCCUUCAACGCCUUGAACCUCACUAGCGGCGAGAGGCUGCAGCUCUGGGUAGACUACGAGAGGGAGCCGACGCGAAUCAACGUCACCAUGUCUCCGUUGGGCAUGGCCAAGCCAGCGAGGCCGCUCGUCUCUGCCAUCUACGACCUCUCCACGGUGAUCACCGAGGACGCCUACCUCGGCUUCGGCUCCUCGGCGGGCAGGGAUGGCAGCCGGCACUACCUACUUGGCUGGAGCUUCUCUUCAUCAGGAGGACCUGCGCCGGCUAUCGACAUCCGAAAUUUGCCAAGGCUACCUCGUCUUGGCCCCAAGCCUCAGUCCAAGGUCUUGGAGAUCGUGUUGCCAUUAGCAACGGCCACUUCUGUCCUCGCCGUGGGAGUCACCAUUUUCCUGCUCGUGCGAAGGCAUCGGAGGUACGCCGAGCUACGAGAAGAUUGGGAAGUGGAGUUCGGGCCUCACCGGUUCCCAUACAAGGAUCUCUACCACGCCACACAAGGGUUCAGAAACAAGAACCUGCUUGGGGUUGGCGGCUUCGGAAGGGUCUACAAAGGGGUGCUGCCAAAAUCAAAACUUGAGAUAGCCGUCAAGAGGGUGUCCCACGACUCCAAGCAAGGCAUGAAGGAGUUCAUCGCUGAGGUCGUCAGCAUAGGACGGCUCCAACAACGUAAUCUCGUGCACUUACUCGGCUACUGCCGGCGAAAAGGCCAACUGUUCCUGGUGUACGACUACAUGCCCAACGGAAGCCUUGACAAGUACUUGUAUCAUCGUCGUCAGGACGACGACAACAAGCUGCAGCCUGCUCUGAACUGGGCUCAAAGGUUUAAGAUCAUCAGAGGCGUCGCUUCUGGAUUGCUCUACCUUCACGAGGAGUGGGAACAAGGACGUGGAUUUUUAGAACAGCUGCACCCCGGCCCUUCGUGGCAAAGCUUUCCAUCUAGAAUCUAG